AAUUGAGCACACGCAAAAAGCAAGCGAGAAAGAGCAAAAUUUUACGACUGCAGCAGCUGCGAAAUACUAAUUGCCCAGCUAUAUAUAUUUUUAUAGCUAUCCAAGUGUCGAACGUGCGAAGUGCAACAGUAAGGAGGCAUAAUGAAAGCCACAACCCAAAAAUUGUCAAAGCUCCGGGAGCUGAUGCAAUGCGCGAAUGCACCGGAAGCGGCCGGUAUAAGUGCCUAUGUGGUGCCAUCAGAUGACGCCCAUCAGAGCGAAUAUCAGUGUGCCCACGACGAGAGGCGUGCAUUUAUAAGCGGUUUCACUGGAUCGGCGGGAACAGCAGUGAUAACCCAGGACAAGGCGCUGCUCUGGACAGACGGACGCUAUUAUCAGCAGGCUGAGAAGCAGCUCGAUGCCAAUUGGGAGUUGGUCAAGGACGGACUGGCGACAACGCCUUCGAUUGGCACAUGGCUGGGCAAGAAUCUGCCCAGAGGCAGCGCUGUGGGCGUUGAUCCGCGAUUGUUCUCGUUUCGUGCAGCGAAAACCAUUGAGAAGGAUCUGUGUGCAGCCAAUUGUAAUUUGGUGGGCAUCGAGCAAAAUUUAAUUGAUCAGGUUUGGGCUGCCGAUCAACCGCCGCGUCCAUCCAAUAAUCUCAUCACAUUGAAUUUGGCCUUUGCCGGCGAGCCAAUAGCCAAGAAAUGGGAGCGCACUCGUGACCAAAUGAAGCAGCACAACACGAACGCUUUAGUUGUCAGCGCUUUGGAUGAGAUAGCCUGGUUCCUUAAUAUGCGCGGCUCGGAUAUUGCCUACAAUCCGGUAUUCUUUGCAUUUAUGAUCGUAACACACGAUGAGAUUGCCUUGUAUAUCGACUCCAGCAAGCUGCCAGAUAACUUUGAAGCUCAUCUAAGUGAGAAUAAUGUCAAGAUCCUAAUACAUCCGUAUGAAUCAAUUGGCGAUGGCGUACGUCAAAUUGCGGCCGAAACAAAAGGCAAAAUUUGGAUAUCGCCAACGAGCAGCCUGUACCUGAAUUGCCUCGUGCCGAAAUCGGCUCGACAUCAGGAUAUCACGCCGAUUGCCAUAUUUAAAGCGAUCAAAAAUGACAAGGAAAUCGAAGGAUUCGUCAAGAGCCACAUACGCGAUGGCGUGGCGCUCUGCCAGUACUAUGCCUGGCUGGAAGCUGCCGUGGCGCGGGGCGAGAAUGUCGAUGAAAUGUCCGGAGCUGAUAAAUUGGAAUCGUUUCGAAAGACUAAGGACAACUAUAUGGGCCUCAGCUUUACCACGAUUAGUUCUUCGGGUCCCAACGGUUCGGUCAUACACUAUCAUCCAGCGAAGGAGACAAACCGGCCCAUCAACGACAAGGAAAUCUAUCUAUGUGACUCUGGCGCCCAGUACCUGGAUGGCACAACUGAUGUAACCCGAACUUUUCACUUUGGCAAUCCCACAGACUUUCAAAAAGAAGCCUAUACGCGUGUUCUAAAGGGUCAACUAACUUUCGGCUCAACAGUAUUUCCCACGAAGACCAAGGGUCAGGUUUUAGAUGUGUUGGCCAGAAAGGCGCUCUGGGAUGUCGGCCUAGACUAUGGCCAUGGAACUGGCCACGGCAUUGGACAUUUCCUGAACGUGCACGAAGGUCCAAUGGGUGUCGGCUUUCGGCCAAUGCCCGAUGACCCCGGCCUACAGCAAAACAUGUUCAUUUCAAACGAGCCCGGCUUCUAUAAGGAUGGAGAGUUUGGCAUACGCAUCGAGGACAUUGUACAAAUUGUUCCAGCCGAAGGAAAGCACAAUUUUGCCAACCGCGGUGCUCUGACGUUUAAAACCAUCACCAUGUGCCCAAAACAGACGAAAAUGGUUAUCAAGGAGCUUCUGACCAAGAACGAAAUUCAAUUACUCAACGACUAUCAUAAGUUGGUUUGGGAAACGCUUUCCCCCUUGUUAUCCGACGACUCAUUCACUUUGGCUUGGCUCAAGAAAGAAACCAAUCCCAUAUAAUUAUUGUAAAAUAUCAUGUGAUUUUAUAAUGUCAGUUGAGGAUUUUUAAAUCAAGCAACGAUAAUUUUUGAAAUUUUCCUUUAAAUAAACGUUUUUUAUUAACUUG